GCGACAGGUGGAGCGCGCGGCCUCCGGCGCUCGGCCAUGUCCGCGGAUGUCUCCGGGACGGAGUCCGGGUCGGAGUCCGGGACCGAGUCCGGGCCGGAGCCCGGACCGGAGCCCGGACCGGAGUCCCGGCCGAAGCCGGGGCCGGGACCGGAGCCCGGACCGGAGUCCGGGCCGGAGCCGGGGCCGCGAUCCGGACUGAGAAGGGGACCGAGGCAGGGGUCCGAGCGGAGCCAGUUGUGCCCGGAGCACUUCGAGCCUCUGUGCUGGUUCUGCCUCUCGGAGCGACGGCCGGUAUGCGCCACCUGCGCCGGGUUUGGCGGCCGCUGUCACCGGCACCGCAUCCGCCGAGCGGAGGAACACGCGGAGGAGCUGAGAAACAAGAUUGUGGACCAGUGUGAGAGGCUGCAGUUACAGAGUGCUGGCAUCUCCAAGUAUAUGGCCGAGGUCCUGCAGGGGAAGAACCAGAAAGCAGUGGUCAUGGCUAGUGCAGCGAGGGACCUGAUCAUCCAGAGGCUGAGUCUGGUGCGGAGCCUGUGUGAGAGUGAGGAACAGCGGUUACUGGAGCAGGUGCACGGCGAAGAGGAGCGGGCCCACCAGAGUAUCCUGACCCAGCGGGCACACUGGGUGGACGCAGUCCAGAAACUGGACACCCUCCGCACCAACAUGGUGGACAUGAUCACCCACCUGGAUGACCUCCAGCUGAUUCAGAGGGAACAGGAGAUUUUUGAGAGGGCCGAGGAAGCAGAGGGCAUUUUGGAUCCCCAGGAUUCGGAGAAAUUAAGCUUUAAUGAGAAGUGUGCUUGGAGCCCACUACUGACACAACUGUGGGCAGCAUCGGUUCUCGGGUCUCUCUCAGGCGUGGAGGAGGUGCUGAUUGAUGAAAGGACUGUCAGCCCCUUAUUGCAUCUGUCUGAAGAUCGAAGAACCCUGACCUUCAUUGCCAAGAAGUCUAAGGUCUGCUCAGAUGAACCAGAGCGCUUUGACCACUGGCCCAAUGCCCUGGCUGCCACUGCCUUCCAGACUGGGCUCCAUGCCUGGAUAGUGAACGUUAAACACAGUUGUGCUUAUAAAGUGGGUGUGGCCUCAGAUCAGCUGCCCCGAAAGGGCUCUGGCAAUGACUGCCGCCUGGGCCACAAUGCCUUCUCCUGGGUCUUCUCCCGCUAUGAUCAAGAGUUCUGUUUCUCACACAAUGGGUAUCAUGAGCCUCUGCCACUACUUCGGUGCCCAGCACAGCUGGGCAUGCUGCUGGACCUGCAGGCAGGAGAGCUGGUCUUCUACGAGCCUGCCUCAGGGACGGUGCUUCAUAUCCACCGUGCAUCCUUCCCUCAGGUGCUCUUCCCAGUCUUUGCUGUGGCUGACCAGCUCAUCUCCAUCGUUCGCGGACCUCUGGCCACAGUGAGACUAGAUUCACCUCCCCAUCACCCUUGCAGCAUACGAAGGACAACCUGCCAGGCUACUGUUGGCCAGAACACCGUCGUGGGAGUGUGGUAGCCUCCUCCUGCAUUCUGUCUCCAGGAAACCUGCUUGCAGCACACUUGUUGGCAUCUGUCCCAGGCCCUGAGGCUGAGCUCUAGCAUGGACCUACGUGUGAGAAGCGUGACAAACAUUCCCCCUCACUGUGCUGCUGAACACCCCAUUUCAUGACUCUUAGGGUAGAGAGCAGCAAGCAAGAAAAGCUGAGGGCAAAGGAGAGCUAGCCUUAAUAAAUGAAUGUGCGCAUUAUUAAAGGUUUCUAAAGACUUGGUAAUGUC